AUGGUGCUGCAUGAAGUUGAGAGAACGUUGUGUGAGUGCUGCAACAGGCUUCGAAGACGAGAAAUGGUUCAUCAUACCAUACACAGUGGAAAUUUUGAGCCAUCCGAGCUUAAGAUCGGAAGACUCUUGGGAAGCGGUGGCUUUGGAUCCGUUUACGAGGCGACAUAUUGUGGGGAGCGAAUAGCUAUAAAAAAGCUUCAUCAGGGAACAAAGAAUGAGAGGGCCGCACUGGAAAGUUUCGAGGCUGAAAGCUCCAUUCUACAUUUCAGACAUCCGAACAUUGUGCGAACGCUCGCAGUAUUGACCAUAAUGGAGACUCGUUGCAUAAUAAUGGAGUUUGCCGGCGAGAGAAACUUGCAAAGCGUCAUAAACGAUCCAUUUGAGGAGUUGGAUGCUAAUCGACGCAGAAAAUUCUCCUUCAAUAUUGCAACUGCUUUACAAUUUGCCCACCAGCAAGGGCUAGCACAUCUAGACUUAAAACCGGGAAAUGUGCUCGUCACCGCCGAAGAUCAAUGCAAACUGGCUGAUUUUGGGUGCUGCCGCGCCGUUGAGGAAAACAAUAAGCCAGCCAGCCCGACAAAAUCGAACUUGACUGGAACAUAUGCUUACAGGGCACCGGAACUUCUAAAAGGCGAAAGCCCGACAACGAAAGCGGACGUUUAUUCGUACGGAAUAUGCUUGUGGCAAAUGCUGAAAAGAGAACAACCGUAUGGAAACGAGAAUCAACAUGUUAUUAUUUUUGGAGUUGUCGCCUAUCAGCUGCGACCCGAAUUGAACGACGAAAUUACAGGAGAUGGACAAUAUGUAAAUUUAAUCAGACAAUGUUGGCAGGCAGAGGCGAAAUUUAGACCUACAGCCUCAGAGAUCGUUGCCAAGCUGCAACAAAUCAAAGCUGAAACAGAUUUCAGCAAAGAAAGGUUGAGCGAAAAGCUUUGCGAUCAUCAGGUGUGCCUUCAAAACAGCAGAUUGCACUAACUGCACUUGAAAAUUAUUGGACAGCCUAAUUUAUCUAUUUUUCCGGAAUUUCAAUACACACCUUUUUUAGUUAGAUGACAUGUGAUUGUGAACUCGCAACGUGAGUACCCAAGACUUCUUACCUUCCAAUCGAGAGAACAUUCCAUAGAAAAUAUGUUUUUUCAUAAAAAUAAAUGAGGUUAUAUUAAUUGUAAACAUUUGUGUAAUAAUAUUUCUUAUACGUAAACGGCGCUCCUGCCAAGCCAAAAAUAGCCUUUGAAUUUUCAAUAAAAGAAUGCAACAAUUUGCAAAUUAACUUUGAGUGCGUUUGAUUUUUGGUCGUAUCAUGGUCCAUUGGGUUUUCAAGCGCGAUAUUUCGCUUGCAUGCAAAGAUCCUAUUUCUCACGGAAGGUAAAAGCCCACUCCUUUGUUCCAAUCGGUAGGCAUUACUUUUUUGCAUUUGUAAUGAUCGCACAAAUAUUCUAAAGCUCUUAGGAACAGAUUGACCGAUAGUAGUGAACAAAGGACGCUAAGGCCGUUUGCGCGAGUCAUUAGACUUAAAUCCAAGAGAAAUCUCGAGAGAAUUUGGAACUCGGCGUCUUUCGCGAGAUCCGGCGCAGCUUUAUUUUAUUUUUCGUCUAAUUUAAUACCCCCCUGGAGACACUUUUGUUAGGGCCACGUUCUUAUGGCGACAUCUUUCUGCAGAAACAUAUAGCAAAGCUUAUUGAAUAUUGGAAAAAGGGUGCUGAUGUAGAGCAAAACAUGACUCACGAGAAAUCGAAGCGCGCAAAUCUCAUAAACGAUGUGCGCGCUCUCAAUCUGCCGACGACCGCUUUACCCAUUUAAUUUCCAACUACCGAAUGCUAAACCUCAUUUCAACAAAGAAGAAGGCAAAUUUGCAUUUGCUGCACAAAAAAGUCUUUGUAGUUGACCAGCUGUAGUUGUCCAUUAGAAUCAAUAAUGCCUUAUGCAACCACGGUACAAGAGCCCAGCAAGUUGAGCGCCAACUUUAUUGUUAAGUCACCUGUUGGAGGCGGGGCACGUAUUGAUCGUGCGUUCGAUGAGAGCACUGAUUGGUCAAAGAGACAAUACAAUCAAUUUUCUUAAUAGGCGACGCGUGCCAGAGCGCGAGCUGUUCAAAAGUGUAGCCACAGAACAGAAUAAAACAAGAUCCCUGGACCGUCUGGAGACUUACAUCAACCUAAAAAUGAUCCACAAAUGGUCGAGUCUCAGUACGCUGAGCGCACGAUCGAUUGCUUUCGAGAGCACAAUCAUUAAAGCGUAAAAAGACGAGCCAACUGUGCGUAAUAGCAGCUUCUCUUUGCAGUCGGUGCAGAGCUCAUUAAACAACCUGACUACAAGUCCAGCCCAAAACGCCUCGUAUUUAUUACAUUUGCGGAGUAUCGUUACAAAACUUGCGACCGUUCUCAACCCCAGCAAACGCCUCUGUCCGUUUUACUUAAUCAAACACACGAGCAAUAAAUCGCAACACCAGGGAACCAUUCAAACCGAAUAAAAAUCCCGCUGGGUUUGCAGGUUAAGGGUAAAACGACAAACCAAUUACUUAUGCAAAAAACGUGCAGACAGCUGACAAAUUGAAAAACCUUGUCCAAUCAAACAUUAGACCCUGUUUUAUUGCAAUGAUCGCUCUAAAAUCCCGAGUUUAAUAACGAUUGGCGCAAAAUAACCUCGACGUUUCCGCAUAAAACUGACGAUUCCGGCAACCAGUUGUUCAUCCAAGUUACCAGAGGCAUCACUUCUGAACAAACGGAUAGGUCAAUGUUCUCAUCCGUUGUUUGGAAAAGACUUUUUAAAAAUAGGCAAAGUAAAUAAUUGAGUGUCAGCUUACUGAUUAAUGGAGUUCCGAAAUCUCUUUUGUUGCCGCGCCGAGCCACGCUGUCGCUAGGUAACAGUAGAAGCCGAUCUAAUUAAAACGUUGCUUAGAGGAAGUGUGAAACUUGAUAAAGCUGGAAUUUUCAGUCAUGUAGACUGGUUGCCCACAGCAAUACUACGCCAGAAAGAGAUUUAGCACAGAUAACUUUCCACGAUCAUUUCUUCUUGCGAGAUAAAAUCGACCAUGAAAUUAUGAGUGAUCGAAGUGUAACGACGGAUGCAUCUUCAAAUAAUUGUAAGACAUUAUGUUGCGAAGUAGGCUUUCAGAGGUGAAAGGAAAGCGAGAAUGUAAAUUGACAGCUUUGAGUUGAAAUUACUGAAUUUGUUUUCGGAAGAGGAGAAUUGAAUGGGAGAUUAUUUUAAUAAAAGCGUUUGGUGAAUGUAAAUUGAUUCAAACUUGGAGCAGAGCUGUCAAAAACGAAUGACUGAUUUCACGAGAGCAUAAUAAUCGAACGAAAUCGAGAGAAAACCAGACCUCAAAUCGCUUUUUCAAUUCAAGCGUUUUGUCAAAGAUUUUAACAUCCGCUGUAGGUGAAAUUAUUAGCUUCUCGAAUCAAGCUUAAACAAUGCUCUCUCUGGGAGAGAAUUUUUGUUAUUAAAAACUUUAAAUGAGUUUAUUUACAAUCGCGCGACAGGUGGAGUCAGAAGUUGGCGAAGCGAUUAGAUGAAACCGCACCAGCGAAGCGGGCGAACUUAGACAUAAGCACACUGGUAACCCCCUUUAUCAUCAACCCGAAACUAGGAGCAACAGAUGGCAUGAUGAAACAAAAGAAUACGAAGUGGAGAAAAAGGCGAAAAAAAAGAAAAGAAACGCCGUGCAGGUUACUAAGUAACAACAAGAAACUAAGCGAAUGUUUAGAUUUUGAUCGCAUCGAAAAUUAAGAAAAAACUGGCCAUUUAAUACCACCUUAAUUUUUUUAGUUUUGUUGUUGUUAAGUCAUGAAAAAAAGCAUUAAAAUUUUGGCAGAUUUCUUAUAAACACAAGAAAGUUUCAAGCGGGUGGUAGUGUAUUAGUCUGUCUUAACAAAAUGACAGAGGCAGUUUUUCAAUACGGCCUCUCUGGAAGGAUUAACAUUUUGCCAAAUUGCAUUUUCAUGCUUAGCAACUCAGCAGAACUUGACUCAGCGUAACUAAAUAUUCCUCUCAAGAGGAGCAUAAGUUUACUCUCUUAGUUUCCUUCCAUCAAAUAUCACGACAGAACUUUCCCUUUGCCUCUAUGAAUGAGUGAAAUCGAAUUUCAUUGCCGAACUCGCACCGGCUAAAUUAGGCGCAAGUCCCUUUCACGCAUGUGUGAAAUCUCGCACAUUUUCAUUGAAAAGUCUGCAACAGCAGCUGUGUUACAGACUAAACAAAAAGGGAUGCGUUUUGAGAGCACGCGGCGUAUUGUUCACAAACAACUGCAAGAAUUUGAUCUCAAAUUAAACUGUGCAACGACAGUUAACCGUUCGCGUAACUAACGAUUCAGUGGUGAAGCGUGUCGCUUGUUUCCCAGAAUUGAGUUCUUGUUAUUUGGAUUCGAGCACGUGAUGCGUGAUGCGUGCGGUUGCUAUGUGGUCUCGGCUUGCGCAAGGCUUUUGAAUUCAAUGGGGUUUUCAGCGGCUUUUUUGUAUAAAAAAAAAUUAAACAGCCACAUGCUUAAUGGGUAUUACUAUCGAAGAGGUUCUCACGGAGACUAAACAAACUACUAGGUUUGCGUGUGGUUAGUGGCUCAUUGAACAGAAGAUGGUGGACUUUGUAGUCUCCCGCAGAGAGAUGUGUAAUCUAACCUUGGGAUUUACUGUUAAACAGAAUAUUAAAAUCGUUUGAGACUCCAAACAAGGGCCAAAUAUCAAAUAAUUGUUUCGGAUUGGAUACCUGACUGAUGAAGAUUAUACUGUCUAAGCUUUUCUAUCCGUAAAAUAUCAAGAUAUAGACCAUUCUGUCUAAACGGUAAACUCCUAUGGCCCAGGUUGUUCAAAGCUGGGUUAAGAUCACCCAGGGUUAGUGUGGAAUUUUAUUUCAGGUGUGAAAGCUUUAAAAGAAAAUUCAGUUCAAAUCUUUUUGCUUACAAUUUGAUCAUUGGACGUUCUAAAAAAAAUAGGGAAACGCUUCCCUAAAAAGAAUUUAGAACAAAGAAACCUGGAUUAAAAAUUUAACUCUGGGUUAGCGCAAAUCGGCCUUCGAACAACUGGAGAGAAAUGCGCAAAGUGACAAAAACAUCUCUUAUAACUGUUCUAACCUUUUUAUUCCUAAGAUCUCAUUAGUAAUUCCCCUUACUCUCUUUCAUACAAUUCUGAUGAUGUUUGUUUGGAGAAUUUGGUAUUGGAUUUGCUAUUUUCCUUUAUUACCACCACUUGUCAGUAUAGUAUCGUUUUGAUAUUGUGAGCAGAAAGUCUGUCUUGGUCACUCAUUGGAAUUAAAGGGUACCACUAACGUCGAGAUAAAACUCCUUUCCUUAUCAAAAUUUACGCGAAUUUGAAUUCACAAUGUUUUCCGAUUCUUACCGAUCAAUCAACAUCACCACCAGCCCAAGUGGUCAACUCUACUAACAAAUCAAAUUCAGUCCUCCCCCCACGUGAUUUGUUACGUUUGUACCAUGCUCAAUGUAAGGAAACCAACUGAAAAAAAAGACAAAACAAAAAAAACCCGUCUGUUUGCUUAAAAUUGACCUCUAACCGAGGGAAAAAUAAACCUUAAGACAACAACAGCAGACCGCAAAAAGGAUGUGAAAAUAAAAAAUAUAACAAUCCUCGAUUCAACGUUAAUAUCAUAUUUGAAAUUGCAGAUUGGUUGUCGUAUUUUUAAUUCAAUGCUGUAUAUAACACAACGUCAAAUACUCCUAAAAAAUACAUGCUUGAAAGUGUUCUAGUCCGCAGUCUCCAAUUUGCCUAUUUUGAUACUCUUGUUUACAAUUUUCGUUGUGAAUUUUCGAGAAAAACCUUAGUGUAAAUAAUGAUAUAAUAACCGUCAACACCAAAUGAAAUCAUAGUUUAGCCUAAAUCUUUUGUGAGUCAUUCUGAAGGUUUCAUCAAGAGCUUUAAAACCAAUGGCGAAAGAUAAGCUCUCGAUGACAAACUGAUAAAUUUGAUAAAGGGGGUAAGAUUCUAAAGAAACUCACGGUGGUGUUGCGAUGGUCGGGGAGUAUAACAGGGUAAUUUUGGUUUUAUCGCCUAAAUUGAAAAUGUGAAAUUGGUCACCGUAAAGAGUUUCAAAGCUGACGUUUCAAGCGUUAGCCCUUCGUCAUUCGUUCUAACGAAGGGCUAACGCUCGAAAUGUCACUCAUUGGCCAACCUUGUAAGUGUUGUGGCGUAUUUUUUAAAGUGCCACUAACCCCCAUUUUUCUUUAUUCGAUAUGUGGAUAGCUGUUAUUGGACUCAUAAGCUGUCUAUGCAGCUGUUAGACUCCUUCCUCCCUCAUUCGUUUGGAAAAAUUGCCUAUCCAGAAUUUUACCAAUUUUGCUUUAAGUACCGUUAAUUUCUCGAGUCUGAUUGGUUUACAACACUGGUUAUUCCAUAAAUGACGGGCGCAUGCGUAUAAUGGUACCCCAACACUACCAGACUUUCGUAGUAUAACAGCUGCCGUUAGUAAUAAGCAUGCCAAUUGAUUUCCCAUCCUUAAAUCAUCCUUAGUUCGCACCAAAUUAUUUUCUUUUUCAAAAGAAAAAAAAAAAAGCACGUAAUUAGCCUUUUUUCCCGUUGAGUGUUUUUAAAUAAGAGAAAGUUCCUCAUGAGUGGGAUGUAUUUGCAUAAAAUUCUACUUCCACUUUUAGCUCAUUAGCAAAACCACGUAGAACGAAUCAGAACCUGCUUAUACCAAAAAAAAAGGAACUACGAAAUGCAGACAUCGCAAACCAAAAAAAAAAAAUCGGAGUUAUAAUCGAAAAAUAAAGGAAUAAAACUGCCUAACUACUUAGACUCCCUUCCAAAAUCAAGUAUUCAAAACGCUAUGCCUGGCAUAAUAUUUUUCAGCCAUAAGUUAUUAUCCGAUAACAUAAUGCAUCAAUUUCAAAGCGAGUCUAUCUAAAAAAUUCAAAUGUAGUUAAUCAUAUAUUUCACCAUAUACCCCGACUAUGUCCUUUAAAGGAAAUGUUUGGCCACCUUUCCAGAAAAAUAUUGUGCCCACACAAAGCAUCAAUUCCAAGGAGGAUCUAUCUAAAAAUUCAAUUUACAUUAUGCUUUCAAUAUGACCUUUAAAGGGAAUAUCAGACUGUCUUUCCAGAAAAAUAUUGCGUGCAUUUCAAGGUACAUAAUUUCUUUCUAGUAACAGCCUCGAGGCAUUUUUUAAUAAUAAACAGUUUUCUGAAAGAGUCGGUUGUGGUAUUCCUGUGUGAAAAGGGGAAUUUUCUGACCAGAAGAUCGAAGUGAAUUAUAUUCUCAGACCACUUUGACAAGUGACCCUCGACAACAACGCCGUGGGGCUAUCGUCCUCUCUCGAAGUAACAGAAAAAACGUGAACGACUCGAAGCUUGGGAAAAUGCGCGAUCUUGUGCGGUCUGUGCAAGAAGUUGCGUGCAUUACCUUGGAGACCGUUACAAGAUGAUAACAACUCUUGCACAACCACAAAAUUAUCAAAACCAAAUGGAAACAUUUCAACACCCACUUGAAAUUAUCACCCACUUCUCAGAUGGGAGAAGUAUAUACUAUGUAUAAUAUAACACUAACGCGAGAAAGGCACUUAAGGGGCCUUAAGUGAUUCUAAACAAACUAACUUGUGGGAACUAGCUUCAUCUCAAGUAUUGACUUUGCAAAGAGCUGCUAAUUGGAUUUUUCUUUUGCCAAUCGCUGCACGGAAAGCGAAUCGCAUGAAAUAUUGUACACACACACACAAAAAAAAAUUCAGUCAUAGCCCUUUUAUCAAUUUGGAUAAACGAUCGCUUUAAGGCAUUUGGAAAGUUCUUUUAAGUUAUUUUUUCGUGGCCGAGUGCUUUAAGAAAAAGCACAGAUGGUACGCGAGAGUUGAACACGAUAAGUAAAGUGAAUUAAAAGAAAAACAUAUUAAUGCUAAGUAUUUUGAUUGAUUGAACAUUUCGUAACCACGAAAAGAGAAGCACUAAUAUCCAUCUCGCACUAAUAUUCGUCCCUUCCACGCUCUGUUACACUUCAUUUCAAACGUCUGAGUUGCUAUAUAGGUCUGCAAUCAUUAAAACUUCAACAUUCGUAGUUAUUAGCGACAAGACAAUAUUGAUCAAUCACGAAAACACACGCUAAAAGAUCAUUUUCCAACUGGUCUAAAGAAGAUCACUGACAAGUCUGCGCAGACUCGCCCCAAUUCUUACACGGCUGUUUCUCCGUGACCAAUUGACACGCGUUUUCACUCAAAAACCAACAAUAGAUCACCCUGAACGCAAGUUAUUUCACAGGCUCAUUAAGAACGAUUACUCAAAAAAUGGAUCAAAUCCAAAUAGUUAAAAGGCCAAAAAAAGAACAGGAAGAGUCAUUUUACAAUUACAAUGAAUGCCACAACUUUAAAAAUGAAUAAAAUUCAAAGAAUUCAGUUUUACACUGAAAAUAUAUAUGAUUAGAAAAAAAGACAAGGCAAAGUGGAGAGAGUGUAAUUCCGUCAACUUCAGUUACAAGUACAGACACAUACCCACACACUUGUUUACUUGAUUUGUUUUUUCAACAUUUGUGUAAGUAUCAACUCUAAGAAUAGAUUCAAGAGAUAUUUUCGUCUGAAGCACUGUCUCAAUGACAAAUGAUAGUUCUAUUUUGAAGACACCAAUCUAUUUAUGGUAAAUGAGUGAACACUUCAAAAAGAGAGUGUUUCACAUUUUGACAAACCUUAGAAGAAGUUAAUCAACUGUUUGUAAACUUGGAAAAUUUUGCCUAAAUUUUUAAAAACAAUCUUUUGUAAUGUGAGUGAUCCUUCUCCAUCCUACGACAUCUUUGAUACUUUUUGAUGCAUCCUUGCCUGUGUCAUUAUUUAUCUCCUCCCAGAAAAUAUUAUUUCAAAUUUUUAUUCUGUGUCUCUAAUGUUUUCUCAGUACAAUACAGGUGACUCAAAAUGUCAUCAUGACAAAGCAACUUUAUUGCAAACUAAAGAGAAAAGAGCCUAAGGGGAACGUUAUGGAAGAGUACCCAGCUUACAUCACUGAAUCUCGCAGUAAUUUCUUUUCACUGAUAAUACCACAUACUGAGGUUAUCUCAGCCAUACCUUUCCAUGCUCUGUUGCAUACCAAAUUUUAGGACUAAAGAAUGUUAAAAUAAAUUAUCACUAGCCCUUCAAGAGGUGACAGACGUCAUCCUAUAGCUGUCUCACAUCAAGAACUUUCAACCACAAGAGUUAAUGAGCAGAAUUUUGAUCCAAUUGCUUUGAUAACAAUUUUUUGGCCUGAAAACUGGAUAAACUGAUAAAAUUGGACUUGAACCUCAACAAAGGGAAUUUCAACAUAUGUAAAAAUAUCCCAUAUUCACAGACUCAUAUCAGCUCACUCACAAGAGAGUUUGAAAAAUGAAACAAGCAAUUUUUCAGAACAUAGUCCGACCAUGUUUAUCCCUUGAGUGUCCUUGGAAUUGAAAAAGGUUUUUUGAUCGUUCAUUUACUUUUAUAUACCCUAUAUAUAUGUGGUGGUUCCAAAAGACACAGUUCGGUCAAUUUUUCUUUUUUUUUACAGUUAAGAGAACUACUGAGCUACAUCAUCUUCCAAAGGCUAAUCAGGUUAACUUUGUUCCACAUAAAGUUUCUAAGCUUGAGCGGAUGAUCUAACUGUGAUCAGGGAUUUUUCUUGUAUGGUAGUGUUCAGAUGAAAAAGCAAUUCUUUCUAAGAUCUUUGUUUGAUCAAUCCUGACAGCCACUGUAUUUGUCACUUACGUCAAGAGUAGGAGUGAAGUAAUUCUUUAGAAGAUUUCAGCUAAAUACAUGCUUUCACCCUUUCCCUGAAUUAUGUUGGCCACAGCUUUGAUAGUUAAUCAGUUGACACAUUGGCAACCCAUAUACUGGUACAAAAACAAAUAAAGAAACACACUUCCUCCUCUUCCCCCCCCCACUCCUCCCAUAUCUCUUCCCCACCCCUUUCCCCAUGAGGCAGUAUGGUUGGGAGAUAUGCAGCAGGAGGAUGUAAUUCAAACCCAUGCCUACUUAUCAAGCUCAGGCUUCCUUAAAACAUUCAGGUUGUAAUAAUUAUGUCCUUCUUCUGCAGUAUUCUUCAAGUCCUUUACUAAGGUAGCCAGGUUUUUUUAAAAAAAGGUACGGAAACAAUGAGCACCUCGAUCAUAACAGCUCCAGUUGCUUUAGACCCGUGUUUACAUGCAAAAUUGACCGCUUACCUUAGCAUAUCUCUUGAUCCUUGAUCCAAAAUGGCUCGUGAGGAGAGCUUGCAAGCAGAACCCGCUGCACUAAUAAACUGCACUUAAGAAGAAUUUUAUAACAUUUAUCAUUUGCAACGCAGUAGUGACUGCCAUGUUUUGAACUUGAGGUCACAUAAAGCCUCGUUUUGGUUGAGCGAUAUGAUUGGCUCUCCGGAGGGUAACAAAUAGGUCGCGUCAAAUUCGAAUCACACAAGGAAGAAGAUAACAUGGCUGCUGGAUUUGUUUACUGGAUAGCCGAAGACAAAUUGCAGCGAUUAUCUGAAGCUUUUCAGCUAUUUAAAAAUCACAACGGCUGGAAAGGUGAGAUAGCUUGUGUUUUCAUUCUAGGAAAUGUUCUAGGAGAAAGUGACUGCGAUGGAAUUUCAUACAUCAACUUCACGUUUUGAAUAGAUUACGUGUAACGUUUGCCUGAUCUGUUUUAAUACUAAAAUUUAUUGGAAUUAAUCGAAAAAAUCACUCCAAAUCUCUUAAGAUAUAAGCCACGAUAGAAGAUCGAAGGUGAUUCAAUCGACUUUUACCGUGAGAUGUAACCUAGUAUAUACAUUCAUAGUGCCAUUUACUUUUGACAAGUUUAUUGUACAAGCGAUAGUCUGAUACGAUUUUUUAACUUUUCAGAUGACAUCCAAGCCUCCACUUAUCUUACCUUUGGAUGUCAAAGCUACAACUUCACAAAGAACCAUUUCUUCAAACAAGUAAAAUGGCAAAGUUCAACAGAAUUUAUCAUAAACCUCUACAGGGAACAUAGCACAAAAAAGCCAUUCUGUGAUUCCAUCUUUAAUCUAAAAGAACAGCUGGUAGCUCUUCAGCUGGUUAUGGCACAACUCAACAAAGAGGUACAAAAAGUAUUCCUCUGUCCUAAGGAGGGCCAGAAGGAUCAAUAAUUUAUAAUAGAACGACUGAGCAUUUGACCCCAAAUCCCAGUGGGUAAAUUGGCAGUCAUCCCACAAGUAGCCCAUUGAAGUUCCAGCUGUGACAUGAUCACUUGCGAGAUAAGAAGCAUGGUGAAUUGCAAGAGUUUGUAUGGAAAUAUUUAUGACUGCUCUUAAGAAUAUAAAUACAAUCAAAUUCUGAAUAAAAAAUACCUCACCUUACUUCCAUGGUGAAUUGCUUGCUAUCUGACUGCUUACUAUGUUGAAAAGAACCCAUUCUAGUGAGUUAUCCAGUUCUGGGUUUACUGCAUUCAUAAGACUUUUCUUAUGUACAUAGUAAACCUAGAAAUGGAUAAACUGCUAAAAUGAGUUCUUUUCAACAUAGUAAGUGGUCAGAUAGCAAGCAAUGCACUGUGGAAGUGAUUUCAUACAUAACAACAACUCAGUUGGUGAAACCAAAUUAUUUGAUACAUAAGAGCCUGCCACUGUAAUUUCAAAUUCUCCUACCCAAAAUGUAAAAACAUAGCCUCUCAAACCAAAGACACAUAAGAGCUGUUGCAUGCCAAUAUAACAUCUAAUAUAAGAAAUUCUUCACAGGAGGUACCAACUGAAGUUUUAUAACCAUCCAGCCAGUAUUAAAAGAUUAUCAACAGAAAUAUUGAUAAUGGCAUUAUUUUUAAAGGAAACUGGAGAGUUUGCAGUGAAAAUGCAUGAUGUGCUUGAAGCCCACAAAGAAAUUAUGAAGUACAAGUUGUCGAUGGAUGAGGAAGAAAAUUCAAUUUCUAAGUUAUGCACAGCCUAUAACAAGUUUCUGUUGCACUGCAAUUCUGUGGACUUUGCUGAUGUCUUUCAGAGAGUCAAAACAUGUUUUAUCAUGGACAGUAAUGUCAAAGACAUGCUUCAAAUUUCACAACAGUUUGUUGUCACUGGGAAGCCAAAGACACAACUAGAGGUGAGAAAUUAGAGAGUUGUUUUAAAUGCUAUCUUACUUGAAAUAAUCCCUGACCCUUUGGCCCUCAUGUGUGGCUGCUCCCUACAAUAUUACCCCUGAAUCACAAAUUAAGGUCUCAAGAAUAAAAGAAAUGAUCACCAACUGAAAAGGCUCUUGAUGUUUCAUCAAAUUCUCCUUAUCAGCACCUUAGGAAAUCUAUAGAGAACAAUGUGGAGAGUAAAAAAAAUUUUUUUUUUUUUUGUAUUUUAUUAAUUUUUAUUAAUUCAAAGUUACAUACAUUUUUCAUAAACAAACAUAAUUCACUUAAACAGACAGACACGGUACAUCAUAUAUCUACAUACACAAUCCACAGUUCCUCUUAGCUCUCCUCAGCUUCUAAAUAUAAUACUAGUACAGUGCAGCAACAAACAUGAGAUUCUAUAUCAUCUAAUAAUUUUUGUACUUGUCCCAUUUCAUAGUUUUAGCUUAUUAUUUGAUUUUGCGAUCAUACAUACAUACUUACAUUAUAUGUUAGAGGGCAAAGGGCUAAUGGUGGUGACUUUUGUUAGUCUAGACACUGACUUAAGUUGGCCUUCGGUCAAGUAAUUUAGCUUCAUGAAAGUAACUGUAACAGUUAAAGAAUGAACCAGUAAUCAGGCUGGUUAUUUCAUGAAUGUGUUGAUUCUAUCAUUAAAUGAAACUGAUUUCUCCCAGCAACAAAUUCUUCAGCUGAUGGUUGGAAACAGAACCUUGAUCUGCUUCACAGAGACAGAAGGUAGGUCACCACCUAAGUAAACUGAGUUUCAAUGGAUUAUGAACCUCAAAGCAUAUUCAAAUAUUAACUAUUGUCUAAACUUGCAACUUCCUUAAAAUGCCCCAUUUCACCUUUUUCUAAUUAUUUUUGUGCACACAGAUGGUCAACACUCACUAUCUGAGAAAACAGCUGAUAUGCUCCUGCAUAGAGAAGUACCAGCAGAUGUGCUUGGUGACCAAUUACUAAACAUAUCUCCACAGCGAAGGACCCCCAGUCCUGCUCUAUCUCAUUCAGUUUCACAAGAAUCAUUGGCUCAGGUAAUUUUAAACAUCAAACUGGCUUUGUGAGUCAGAGAAACCCCUUCAGCUUGCUGAAAAUCCAUCUGUAUAAAUUAUGAACUAACUAAAUAUAACUUAACCUUGAGCAUUUAAAAUGUGGAGAAUUCAUUGAAAAUUGUAAUCAUGAAAAAAAAAAAUCUCCAUUACCAGUAAUUGGAAUGCCAUGGUGUCAAUUUUACCUAUUACAGUGAAAAAUGAUGUUAAUUACAUUGUAUACUGUCCACCAAUGCAGAAAGUUUUCACAGAUAAAACUAGGUACAGUUCAUCUGAGUUUUUUUUACCAUGAUUCAAACAGAGUUGGGUUUUGGAAGAUCAGAAGAAACUGGUUUGAUCGGGAAAAACUUAAGCCACCUAAGUAAUCUUUUGACUAAUAAUUUACAAAAAACAUGAAUAAAAGGAACAUAUUCAUUGUACUGUACAUUUAGUCCCAAACCACCUUCAGCUCUGGUUCAGUUUGGUUGAAUGCUAGAUUGUUUCGUCCUGAGCUAAAUAGCCAUCCUCUGGGUACUGAUUUCUCUGAUGGAGAGCCUUUUCCCCUCUUUACACUACCAGUGCAAGAGUGUGAAGUGAAAGAUGUUCUAACUUUACAAGUGAUUUAGUGAUGAUAUUAUAAAGUUUAAUAUUCCAUACAUGUUAUCUCAACAACAGGAUCAAUUUCUGAAGGUUUGCCUGAGUUACCUCAGGCUCCUGGUGAAUUCCAGGGAUGAACUGGCUCUUUCUCAGGCUAUCAAUAUACCUCACAGGGACUUGGCUCAUAAACAGUUUACAGUAUUGAGGAAGGUUGCUAGGGAAAAAAACAUGCCCAUGUUUCAGGUACCACUCAAUUUGUUUAUUAGAGUAAAUAUUGUGAAAAUUACACAAUUAUGUUACAAUCAGUGAAUGAAAGUUAUCUUUAAAAAAUAUUGAUAUUAAGACCACACAUACAUGAAGAUAUCAUUAAUAUCUGGCAAAAAGUUGUCAAUGAGUGGAAUCAAAUAUCAUUGGACUAAGAAUGUUGAAAUUGUAAAAGUCAAAACUCUCAACCUAGUUUAGAAAAUUCUUCCUUGAUGUUAGAGACAAAAUCAGGCAUGUUGAAAGAGUCUAGGAGUCAAAGCAUGGGAGGUGGCAUCUCAGUUCUUUUUCAAGUAUUUACAUCAUGAUGUUGACAUUCUUGCCUGUAUAUCAUUGUAAUCAGCAUCAGCUUAUGUCAUGGUUGAGGACAGGUUACAGAACCAAAGCUGUAAUCUUUCAAUCCAUUUACUGCGGGAGUCCUUGGAUAUUGCCUUGCUUUCAUUGGACUGGCUGGCUGUGGGAUGGAUUGAGUUGUAGUCUAAAAUGUAUAUAUAGACUUACCCAGUAAUAAUAAUUUUAAAAAAGUCUUCCACAUCAUUAUCCCCAGCAGUUAAAGGCUAACAUCAUUCAGUUUUGAACACUGUUUUUCUUUCCUUCCCUUCCCAACAGACGGCUGUCUCCUUUAUUCUGAGGAUACGAUUAGGUGGGAAGAGUUAUGCACCAAGCAAUGACAACCCACUUCUUCCAUUAACUAAGGUGUAUAUCAAAUAUUACCUUUAAUAGAAUUAUAUCAAAUAGAUAUUUCUGAUAUAUUUUAACUGUUAGAAGGCUUCAGGAUAUUUUACCACAAGAGGGAAUCUUUACCCAUCCAGCCGGAGCUUAUCCCAGUUUCUAUGUAGCAUGAAGCAACUAGGAGUAUUAUUAGGCAUGGCCCCCCCUGGAUGGGAUGCUAGUUCCUUCUUCCCCUCCAUUUCUUCCCUGACAAUUUACCCCCUCCCAUUUCUCCCCCCCCUCAAGGUUACCACCCCAUUUCAUCAGGCUUCCCCCCUACCCCUCUGGAUGGGAUGCUAGUUCCAUUGCAAGGUUACCACCCCGCAUUUUGUCAGGCUUCCCUGACAAUUUACCAGUACCCAUUUUAUACUCCUGGGUGGAGAGAAUCAUUAAAGGCAUGGCAAGAGUAUUUAAAAGUGCCUUGCCCAAGAACACAACACAUUGACUAGGCCAGGUCUCAAACCCAGACCUCUCCACCAGGGGUUGGUGAAGGCACUGAUCACAAAAUCUGUAGAGAGUGGUGUCCUAUCCCCAUGUGGGACUCAGAUUUUUCUGUCCCAUACUCAUGCCUUAUGUUUCAAAAAUUCUUUUUACAGGGUCUUGGAGAGUUUGUCACUUUUUUCCAAAAGCUACAAAAUGUCUGUGAAGAAAUAGCUGAUGCAAAGUAUGAAAGCUUUAUGAUGGGUAUUACUUUUUGAACACUGCUUAGUAAUUUAACAUCCUUUCUGCAAAAGGAAGGUUUUGAAACUAAGUUCACCUUUUCUUUUUCCACCAAGCAACUAAUGGUAAAAUAACAAAACUAUUUCAUGUAGAUUAAGUUUGUUUAACAAGUUAAUCAUGGCUAAAACUAUAUUAUUUUGUUGAACACUCUUCAAUGAGUGGGUUGGUAAGAUUGUCUGAAGUGAUUGUUGUCACAAACCAGGCAUCAAAAUCAAAACCAAAACCAAAAUCAUUUUUGGGGCCAAUUGUGUUGAAUUGUGUGCUUACCUUUCAGAAAUGCUGUCUUAAGAAUUAUCAACAUGCUCAAAGUAAGCAUUAUGAAAUCCAAAGAAAAGGUUUUUACAAAUGAAUGCAUCACCAAAACUGUGGAAUCUCUGAAAGAAAAGGUGGAAGAACUAAGCUGCAAAACAGGUGACGGUGAUGAAACAAAGUCAUCCAUGGCAGGAAUGAAUGUGUAUUUCCUGAUUCAGGCUGUUUUAGAUGAGCAUGUCAAGCAAAGUUGUCUCCAGGAAUAUGAAACAAUGGACUUGAGGUGUGCCCUUAUGACACCAGAAUUACCUCAUGGAAAAUCUAAAAUACGAUCUACACUGAGUCAGUUCAGGUAAGGCGGAAUAGUUUUGAAGAACUCUUUGACCUUUAAGACUUGUGGCAUGGCAUUCUCUGGCCAAGCUUAUAGAUUAGCUGGGGCUGGUAUAGUCACUCUCUUGUUUCCUUGAAUAAAUAUUUCUAGCACUGACAAAUUCACCCUCCACUUAAGAAAAUAAAUCAGUAAGUAGAAAAUUUGUGAGUCAAGAUAACCCUGGGAAACUUGUAUGUAGCUCCAGCAUUGCCUGUGAAAUAAAGUUCUAGGUAACUUGUUAUCAUCUUAGGAGAAAAUUCAAGACAUAUUUUUAAUUUUUUUUCUGGCUAGAACACCUGAUUCUGAGUCUUCAGAAGCAGCUGUUACACCACCAAAGGACCAGCCGCCAAAACACAAACCUGAAAAGGUAAGAUCUUGGUAAAACAGCAACUUUAUUCAUCUGAAGAUGAAAUCUAAGACAUGGUAACCUCUCUCUUUGUUUGUCUUUUGUCCAUUUUUAUUUUCAUUUUGUUCAAAGAAGCUUAGUAUCUUAAUGCAAUGGUAAAUCAUAUAUUGGGUUUCCUUGAGGACCAUCUUAGAAUAGCUGAUUAAUUUUUUAAUUGUUUUUCACAGAAACCAUUUGAAAGUUAUAGGAAAGUGUGUGGUGAUAUGAGCUGGGCCAAACCUGCUAACAGCAUUCAGAUAGGACCAAGUCCUGCCAACAAAAGAGACCAAAUGAUGACUGCUGCCAUAAACACUGAUAUUUUAACAUCUCAUCAGGAAAGUGGCAAUGAAUCUUACAUUAAGGAUACACCAAAAUGUCACACCAAGAAAAGAACCUUAACAGAAUCUAUAUAUGAUAAGGAGAACAUUCCAAUUGGUAACAAAACCAUAAAUGAUGUUAAAAAACCACCAGCCAAACGUAUGCUCCUUGAGACAGACAUCACUGCAAAAAAGAGCUCAAAGGGCAAAACUAAAACAAAAACAUUGCCCAAAAGAAAAAAGAUUCCAUUACUUCAAGGACAAAAACAGCUUACCAAUUUUUUUAGGUGA